UGUUGGGUUGCUCCCAGUUUGUGCUGGUGUGGUCCCAUAUGGAGCUGGGGGAUGGAGAGGGACCCUGUUUUGUCAGGGCACAGGUGAGAGCAGGGCUCUCGGUGCCAGAAGGACAAUUUAUUGUGAAGUUUCUUUCAAUAAUGGAUGGAGAAUGAUAUUCUGCUUUCUGUUAUAUGGAAUUUUAAAUCUCUUGAUUGCGGGGGGUUUGUGUGGAUGCUCACAGAGCACAGGCUGGGCACUCUGAGCCACUGAACUCCCACAGCUCCAGCUUCAGCAUCGGACAAGGGACUCGGCCGCAGCACCCCCUGGCCCUUUCGCCCGCCCGGCCGGCAGCCAGCCCCGUCCCAGAGCGUGGGACACGGCUCCCACCCGCGCCCAGGACGAAGCCCCGGCACAGGCAGCAUGGUGCAGGCAGCCCCGGCAGCCAUCGCUCUCUGCCUCCGUUUCUCCGUGGACCUCGCGAAAGCCGCAGCGGCUGCUCUGCUCAUUGGAGCCGUCCUGUCUGCCACUGAGCAACACGCUGACCUCUCAGCCUCCAUCCUGCAAGGUUUCCAGUGCAUCCCAGCCAGUGACCUGCCUGCUGCUGCCGUCCUCGCGUUUGCCCAGGGAUUGCAAAAUAAAACAGCAGACCUGAGCAGUGCCCAGCUCUCCUGCCUGGCCAGGCUGCUCGCUGCCAAGAACCUGACAGCUGAUUUUGGCAGGUACCCGCCAGACCUGCUGCUCUUCUUUGACUCGACUGAGGUGCAGGGUGGGACCUGCAGAGAUUUUUAUGCCCGGGCUUCCCGCGGGAACCUCGACCUGCUGCCCAGGGGCUCAGCCCACAGGAUGGGGCUGCUGCGUGGGGCACUGGCCUGCCUGGGGGUGAGGAGCAGCCGCCUGAGCCCCGAGCAGCUCAGCAGUCUCGGGGCGCUGGUAUGUGACAUGGAGCCAGAGACAAUCAUGGCCUCAGACCCUGGUGUCCUGGAGAACCUGAAGCUCUGCCCAGCGCUGACAGGGGCCCAGCGGGACACUCUCAAUGCUGUGCUCCUCGGGGGGGGCACAGCGUAUGGGGAUCCUUCAAGCUGGAAUUUACAGACUCUGCAAAAUCUGGGGCCACUGGUGCUGGCUUUGAACCAGACCACGCUGAGCCUGGUGGCUGAGGCAGUGUGGGAGGCUUUCGGCAGGAGCAUUGUGGCCACAUACGGCAGCCAGGGACGUUCCGAGUGGGAGAAGGCCCUGACCUUCCUCCGGGCCUUUGCAGCAGCAUCAGCUUCAUCUCAGCCCAGGUGGAAGCGGAACACAGAUGGCUGCCAGUCCACACCUCUGACGGCCAGCACCGACUUUGAUCCCCUCUUAUUCCUUGAGUACACCACCAGUGAGCAGUUUGACCUGUGCCUGAGCAAUGAGUUUUUAAAAGCAAACCUGGGGCCUCUGCUGCAAGAGCCGCUCCCCAUGGAAUACCUACUGGUCGUGAAAAAAAAACUGAAGCAGAUUUACCCAUCGGUGAUCCCAGAGGAGCAGCUGAAGGUGUUGGGGCCACUGUCUCGACAGUACACAGCGGCGGAGAUCAGCCAGUGGAUGGUGACGUCCAGCGACACGCUCUCAGCCCUGCUCGACCCCUCGAAUGGCAUGUGGGAGCCUCCCCAGGUCCAACAACUGCUCAGCAGGUACCUGGCCCUGGGGGGCACCUUGACCGGGUCCUUGCUUCAGAAAAUCAAUGGAAGAGACCUGUGUGAUCUGCAGGAGGAGCAGAUUGAUGAAAUCUCUCCACAAGAAAUUGGGGUUGCUGGACAAUUAAACAUUUCUUCUUGCUCUCAAACCAAGAAGGACCAACUCUACAGAAAAGCCCGGGAGGCCUUUGCUGGCCAGGCUGGCACCACCAGAGUGUAUUAUUGUCAGAUUCAGCCAUACCUGGGUGGAGCUCCAGCAAAGGACCUGAAAGAUUUGGCUAAAGCUGACGUUAACAUGGACAUAGACACAUUUCUUGCCCUAAAUCCUGAGGAACUGCAGAAACUCAGUGUCAUGGAUGUGAAAAACCUGCUUGGGAAAAACCUCCCUUACCUGAAGGCAGCUGAAAAUGAGACGGCAGUGAUGAGCUGGGUGAAGAGACAGUCCCAGCGGGAACUGGACUGUGCCCUGGGAAUCGGCCUGCAAGGGGGGACAGAGGAGCCUGGGACAACCCCCCAGCCUCCCCUCACAACCUCGGCCAGUGUCACCCCCACACCCACCACCCUCCCCACCCCUGUUGCCAGUAGCAGCCACCCUACUGCUAAAUCAAGCACUGCCUCCCCCCAGACCCCCACCCCAAGUGCUACCAGCCCGACUCCCCCUGACACCACUCCCCCACGCACCUACGCCCCCAGCUCUGUGGUGAGUCCCGCUGCCACCUCCAGUGCCCAGCCCGCUCCGACCACCGGCCCCUGCUCCAUCCAGUGCGUCACCCCCAAUAACACCCCCCCACCCAGUGCCACCCUCCUCACCACCCUCCUCUCUGCUGUCAACGCCAGCGUGGCCUCUCCCAGCUCCAUCCCCACCCCAGUUCUCACACAUGGGGCCACCACCACCAGCAUUGUCACUAACCUGGUUGUUAACACCAGCACCCCACUGGUGUCCAUGAACCCCCCAGUACCUGGGGGUACCACCAACCCUGCUCCUGCCACCCAAAACACCCCCUCACCGAGCACCCCCAACGCUCCCAGUGCUCUUGGCCCUAACUCCACCUCUGCACCUGCCACCACGGAAAUGAACCUCCCUCCCCACAAGCCUACCCUGACUCUCAACUCCACCACCUCCACCCAAGCGGGUGUUGUCUCCCCAGUAGUCAAGACUACAACAUUGGCUUGCAAGACCGACACCCUCACAGCAGCUCCCAGCCCCUCUUCCACCACCACCACCAGCGAGACCACUAAAGAAGCACCCACCGGCACACCAGCGUCACCGAGACCAACAGUCAGUGGAUACAUCAACCUGCAACCCGAACCUGGAUCGGGAUUCAGGCUCUGCUCCAGCCUCCUGCCCGUCCUGACCGUGGCCGUGGGAAGCUCGCUGCUGCAGGUGCUCCUCUGACACCGCCACCUCCAGCGCCGUACUCACCGGAUCCCUCCUUUAAUUUUCACCAUCCUGCAAAAUAACGGUGCUGGAAAAUCCCCUGCUGGAAAGCAGAAACCCAGGCAAGGAGUUUGUCCAUUUGCUACCAGCACAGAAUUUCCUUUGUAUUUUUGAGGCUGGGCAGUGAGAGGACAAGUAUUUUUCCCACCCAAAGCAGCCCAGCAGGCACUUACUAGCUAGUUGCUCCAUGUAUUACAACCACCAGCAAUAUCGACUGGCCUGACACCGCAUUAAUGCUGACAGCAGGCCUGGUUCUGCCAGCUUUACUCACACUGACUAUUUUACUUCCAAGCAGUCCCACUGGGAUCUGUUAGCACAGUGGGACAACUCAGGGAUUUGAGUUACUGGCCAUUGCAAAAGAAGCAGAAUAUGGCCCAGCAACAUGGCUCAGAGAUCCACCAAACUGCAGAGAACUUGUUUCAUGAACUUGGGAGAUUUUUGAUCAAUAUUUGUUCAAAUUAUACAAAGCCUAGUUAGAGGGAUGAUUAACUGAAGACUGUUUAUCUUGAUUACUGUUGCAAUGCUAUAUAAUAAAACAUCAAUCAACCUUUUUUUAAUAACCAAAUGUUUUUUGAUGUGUAUUGUCAUUUUUCUUGCUAACUGAAAUCUAAAGUUUCCUCUUCUUUUGCUCUGACUUUUCAGUACUUAGUGUCUCCUCCUCCAAUAGCUCUAUUACAAGAGAUUUUCUCCCUCCCAGCUUUCAGAUCUUCCACUGUUUCAAUUCUCCAGAAGCUGAGGAGAUUCUUGCAUGUCAUUUGUUGAGAGUCA